AUGAACACGAUCAAUACAAUCAAUCAAUCACCCCAUACAUCAUAUCCAAACCCAUCAUUCAUCUCAGGAAGCCCAGAAACAGUGCUUCAAUCUGACAUGCAUACAUUAGCAUGCAAACGGAAUCAAGGACUUUCUGUCCUUGAUUGUUUAAACAGUGGGGCACAGCUGACUAGUUGCUUACGGUCCAAUUGCACCAGAGACAUGAGGAACUGCAUUGUAUUGCUAAAGGAGGGCAACUACGGGCAGCAGUACGCCAAAGGAGUGUUGGUGGCUAGCGCAUGGAGAGCUCCGUAA